AAGGGGCGUAUUUUUCAAGCCAUCUUGACUGAAUAUCUAGCUACAUCCCAAGGUAUAUUAACCUGACACUUCUUACAUUAUUUUACGUACCAAUUAUUUUAGGUAUUUCAAGUUGAAAACGUCUAAAACACAGAUAUGUAAGCAGGUCGAGUUAUAGCAUUUGUCCGAAGUCACCAUGGAGGACUGAAGUGCUGAAGAUGACGCUGUCGCCCCUGAAAUUACCGGCUAGCGAUGGCAUAGCUUGUCAAUAGCAAGUCCGUUUCUGUCGUGUUUGAACAUUUACUAACGUUCUUUUUUUUCUGGCUCGCGCAUACCAUAGGAUCAAGUUAAACAAGAAAUGUCUACAACGUAAUGCACUCGUUUCUGUGAGUCUCUUUCACUUACUUGCUGCUAGCUGGCCAGACUCAAGUGCACACCCCCAUGAGGAGGCUGCGGAGGGGAUGCAGGGCAGGAGUAGUUGGCCUUGAUAUGGGCAGGGGACGGGGGAGGGGCAGGGGGAGAGGCAGAGGAGCAACAGUGUCGCUCCGGCCGCCUUCCCCCUACAGACUGCAGCUAUCGCCGUCAAGAGAGACUUUGACCUACGCCCAGGCCCAGAAGAUGGUGGAGGUGGACCUAGACGGACGGCUUCACCGGAUCAACAUCACCGACCCACUGCCAGUCAUCACGGAGGAUGAAAUGAUGGCUCAGGACAUAGUCGAGUGCAACAGUAACAAAGAGAACAGUGAACAAACCCAGAGCAGAGCCAGACCGGGGCGCAAACCUCCCAAUACAAAGAGCCGGAGGCGGGAAAGCAAGAACUCAUCUCACCAGAGCCGACGCUCUGGCAGUCAGCACCAUGCACAGAGCCAGACCAACUCCUCCCAGCAGCCCUCCCACCACAGCCCUCUCCCCGAGCCCACCUUCCGCGUGCUGGACUCCCUCUGUCCUUUGGACGCGCCUCCCCUCCCCGCCUCCUACUACCGCUUCAUAGAGAAGACUGGGGAGGAGCAGGACCGGGAGGCUGAGUACGACAUGGACGAGGAGGACCUGGCCUGGCUGGACAUGGUCAAUCAGAAGAGGGUGUCGGACGGCCACGCCUCCGUCUCCCCGGACACCUUCGAGCUGCUGAUCGACCGGCUGGAGAGGGAGUCCGUGCUGGAGUCGCGGAGCCAGGCCCUGUCACAGAGCGCCGUCGACGAGGACGCCUUCUGCUGCGUCUGCCUGGACGACGAGUGCCUGAACAGCAACGUCAUCCUGUUCUGCGACAUCUGCAACCUGGCCGUCCACCAGGAGUGCUACGGCGUGCCCUACAUCCCCGAGGGCCAGUGGCUGUGCCGCUGCUGCCUGCAGUCGCCGUCACGCCCCAUGGACUGUGUGCUCUGCCCCAACCGGGGAGGUGCCUUCAAGCAGACCAGCGACGGGCGCUGGGCCCACGUGGUCUGCGCCAUCUGGAUCCCGGAAGUGUGCUUCGCCAACACAGUGUUCCUGGAGCCCGUUGAGGGGGUGAAGAACAUCCCACCGGCCCGCUGGAAGCUCACCUGCUACCUGUGCAAGCAGAAAGGCCGGGGGGCGUCCAUCCAGUGCCACAAGGCCAACUGCUACCGGGCCUUCCACGUCACCUGUGCCCAGAAGGCCGGCCUCUUCAUGAAGAUCGACCCGGUCCGAGAGACUGGGGUGAACGGGACAACUUUCUCAGUUAAGAAAACCGCCUUCUGCGAGAACCACUCCCCGGUUGGGUCAAGGCAAGAUGGGUCGGGCGACGAGACGACGGAGGGAAGGCUGGUGGGAGGCAGGGGGAAUCGAGGUCAAAGGUCAUACACGCAGAGCCCCCCACCGCCUCCCAGGAAGAAGACGCCCAAGGGCCAGAAGAAGGGGAAGAAGAGCCCCGCCCGUCGCUCCACUGUGCCUGUCCUGCUGGUGCCUCAGAUCCCCUCUCACAGGCUGAACAAGAUUUGCACUGGUGUAGCCGUCCAGAGAAAGAACCAGUUCAUGCAGAGGCUUCACAACUACUGGCUGCUGAAACGUCAGUCGCGGAACGGCAUGCCCCUCAUCCGACGACUGCACUCUCAUUUGCAGUCUCACAAGGCCACCGAACAGAGGGAGCCCGACGAGAAGCUCAGCGCGGCGAUGGAGGAGCUACGGUACUGGCAGAAGUUGCGGCAGGACCUGGAGAGAGCCCGGCUUCUGGUGGAGCUCAUCCGCAAGAGAGAGAGACUCAAAAGGGAGCAGAUGAAACUUCAUCAGGCUGCUCUGGAGUUGAAAUUGACCCCAGCGUUGAUACUGCUGCGCUCCACCCUUGACCAGCUUCAGGAGAAAGACACAGCGCAGAUCUUCUUAAAGCCUGUCAAUCUAGCCGAGGUACCGGACUACCUUGAGUUCAUCUCCAGGCCCAUGGACUUUUCUACAAUGCGUGCCAAACUAGAGGCCCAUGCCUACUGCUCCAUAGGAGACCUGGAGAGCGACUUCAACCUCAUGGUGUCCAACUGCCUGAAGUACAACUCCAAGGAGACUGCGUUUCAUCAAGCCGCACUGCACCUGCGGGAGGUGGGAGGGGCCAUCCUCCGCCACGCCCACAGGCAGGCCCAGAGCAUUGGGUUGGACCCCAGCACAGGCAUGCAUCUUCCGGACUCACCAAACAAGCACGGCUUCUACCAGUGCACCUGGGAGGACGUGGACUCUCUUUUGGACCCGGUUAACAGGCUUCACAUGUCCACAGAGGAGCAGCUGAAAGCCCUGCUGGAGAAGCUGGACUUGGUGACGUCCAUGCGCUCCAGUGGUGGAAGAACCAAACGCAUCCGCCUGUUGCGCAGGGAGAUCAACACGGUCGGGUACAAGCAACAGCGCUCACAGUUGCUCAACGGUAAAGAGGAGGAGGAGGAGGAGGUGGAGGAAGAGGAGGUGGAAGAGGAGGAGGAGGAAGGAGAGGAUGAGAAAGACAAUGGAAAGAAGGACCUUGUGGAGAAUGGUCCUUUAACAUCAGCAUUGACCCCAGGGACAGAUGACUCCCCUCCAACACUAGAGCCGUCAUGCCCUGCGUUGUCUCCGCUGCCAGGCGACGCACCCCCUGAACCGCCCGUUCUGGGCCCUGUGAUGGCGGGACGAAGGUCACCUGGGCGCUCCUACAAGCGCCAGCGGUCCUCUCGUAGCGGGGGCAACGGGCCAAGUGACGAUGAUGCUGACGUCCCGGAGACACCAACAGCCUGCAAACAGGAAGAGGCCUCUCCGGACGUCUGUCCUUCGGAGACUCCGUGUCCCCCCACAAACGCGUCGCCCCUGACCGGAGUCGGCCGUCGCACGUCUGUCCUGUUCAAGAAGGCUAAAAACGGAGCGAGACUCGCAAAGAACAAGGCGGCCCAGUUACAGAACGGAGGGACAACCGACGGGCAAACCAACGGCUUGGACAGUCCCGCUGACGUUCCGAAACCUCCCAGCUCAACAGUCCUCCCCGCCUCCAGCCCUGCGGCUCCGCCCACGCCAGCCACACCCUCCUCACCAUCACCUCACCAGCUGAGGUCCAGAGGACCUAGUUCUGACAGCGAGGGAGACAAGACACUUCCCCUCCUCUUCAAAGAGGAAGGCUUCACAAAUGGGCUUGGAAAGGAUAAAGAUGAUGACUCUGACGCAAUAUUCAAUGACCAAAAACAAAGUGCUCCUCCGCCACCCAAACGCAGUCGUGGAAAACCAGCUCUGGCUAAAGUCCCGGAGAGCCAGAAUGGUGACUCAGGGAGGAGUAUGCUUUUGCCCUUUGAUAGUGCGACAGAGCUCACACCCCUGGACCUGGUUUGGGCUAAGUGUCGAGGAUAUCCUUCAUACCCUGCAAUGGUCGUCGACCCCGACAUGCCCCAGGAAGGGCUUCUCCACAACGGCAUCCCUAUCCCCGUGCCUCCUGGUGACGUGCUCAAACUAGGGGAGCGGAGGCAGAAGGAGACGGGGGAGAGGCACUACCUGGUGUUGUUUUUUGACACCAAAAGGACCUGGCAAUGGCUUCCACGGGACAAGUUGCUGCCUAUGGGGAUGGAUGACACCGUGGACAAGCUGCGUCUGAUGGAGGGCAAAAAGCCCAACGUCCGCAAGUCUGUACACACAGCAUACGACCGGGCCAUGGUUCACCUGAACCAUGUCAUGAACCAUGUCAAGGGAAACCUCACCUUCAACCCCUCCAAUUUUAUAUGAAGGGUUUUAUUCAGUCAGUAAAUCAACCGUGAACUGUCUGGUUCAGAGGGUUGAAACCUUCCCCGAUGACAAACGUUCUCGUUUAGAGAAGAACAACCCCCUAUUGUUGAUUCAUGCCUCAGAAGGUGAGAGGUUUGAGGAGUUUGAUAUAUCUAAAUGAGGUGGUCUGAUCCUUUUAGGGAAAACAAUAUCAUUUUAACAUUUGGGGUAUGGCUUCAUAAAAUACAUGAAUUAUUGGGUAUAUUUUUUAGAUAAUGUGAUUAUUCAUUGUGAUUUGUUUUUAUUACUUAAUACAACCACUCUGUUGCAAUGAGUAUUAAUAAUAUGAAGUUUGUUUUAGGCCAAAGUGAAUCGAGACAUCAAAGAAAGAAAUUGUAUAUAUUUUAUCCUUAAAGGGAUUUGCUUGAUUCAAAGCAUAUUCAGAUUGUAUUUGUCCUUGAAAUACCAUUCUUCUUAUACAUAUUUUUACACAUUGUGAAGCUUUUUUGGUUUUUAUUUCUUUUUUUAUACGAAAUGAAACUGAUGGUGUGCUUUUUGCAGCUAUUUGAUGGAACAUUAGAACUUUUGAAUGUCUAGUUAGGAUGAAGAUGAUGCUGUUUUUCACCAUUCACAUCAGUGGUCACCACCAUUUUCUAAGCAAAGUCAAUAACUUGGGAUGCAAGUCAAUGUGGCAAGAUAUUAUUUGCAAACCCUUCCAAUGACUUGAAAAGCACAACCUGUUAGUGUGAAGAGGUGUGUAAAAUGAGCUAUCAAGCCAUAGUUAUGAAAAAAAUGGUAAAUGUAUAUAACCCGAUGAGUCAUGUGCAUGUGUAGAAGCAUAUGCACAUCUUUUUGUAUAUAUGUAAAUGUAUGUGUUUAUAAUACACAAAGUAAUUUAAGGAAUGCAAAAAAAAUUGAAAUAUUAGAUUUUAAUUUAUCGUGUGACAAUUGAAAGUCUGUUAUUUAAAAAAAAAAA